ACAGGAGCUAAUAAAUUGCUUUAUCCGCAGACAACAAGCCGUAGAGCAUUAGAGGAGUUGUUACAACAUCCACUAGGAAAAUGUGUAAAAAUUUCAUUUUCAUUUGCAACAAAACCUUGCAGACAAUUGGUUGUUUCAGCGGUUGACAUAACAGCUGGCUCGAAGUUUAAUUCCAAUAUAGCUCUUGUUGUGAUCGACGUCCAUAAUGAAAGUGUCAAAGCCUGAAAUUGUUGUUGUGUUUAUGGUGAUGGUGAUAAACGUAAUGCAAAUACAAGGAUAUACUGGUGGCUAUAAUUUUUAUGAGCCAAGCAAUAAGAAAACGCGUUGUUUAAAUCCGCCUCGUACCGCCAGAAAAGUCGAAACCUUUAUCAAAGAGUGCCAGGAUGAAGUGAAAAAUAAAUUGGUGCAAGAGGCAUUUUCUAUUCUAAAACAUGAGGUUGCAAAAUUCCAAACUCCCAUAAGUCUAGACGAUGAUAAUGUGGAAUAUAUGGAACCAACAAAGGCUCCAAAUCACCAUGAUGCGGAUUGGCCAGAAAAUACAGAAACGGAGGAAGAGUCAUAUUUCCAAGAUCAUAAUCUCAAUCAAUUUGAGUAUUUUUCGGAGGAGGAUACGGCACGCCGGAGAAUGGCACGUUUAGUGAAGAGAAUAUCGCGUGUCGAUGAUCUAACCAAUGGUAUUUAUCAUCCCACAUUGGUGCCGUUCGAGGAUAAAAGAAUCGCUGGGUGCCUCUUACAUUGUGUCUAUGCCAAAAAUAAUGCCAUUGACAAAAACGGUUGGCCCACAUUGGAUGGCUUGGUGGAUUUCUAUUCGGGCGGUGUCAAUGAACAUGGCUUCUUUAUGGCCACCCUAAGGUCGGUGAAUUUGUGUUUGCGCGCUGUCACCAACAAAUAUCACGUGAAUCGUCGCCAACUGCCGGAAAAGGGUGAAAGUUGUGAUUUGGCAUUCGAUGUUUUCGAUUGUAUAUCGGAUCAAAUAACCGGCUACUGUUUGGAUCAGUAUAAAGCUUAGGGGUUUGUACUGUUUAUUUUAUUUUUUUAUGUUUAUUUAUUUGUUUUAAUUUUAAAUGUUUGAAAUAAAUUAUUUAUGUAUUUGAUUCAUUUUAAGAAA